UUUCCUAAAACCCUCACUGGGGCAAGUUGUCACAAUUGUACACGCCCACACACACGCACGCAUGUAAAAAAACUGGGUCUUUGUUAGUAAAGAUCUAUGUCUCUGCUAUUGACAGGUGUUUUGGGGGGCGUGGCCUACAGUCACCUACUUCAGUCACUGUCGGCACGCGCCACAAGUCAGAUAAACCCUACAGGUGACAGAAUAUAUAACGGGAACAGGUGCGUUCUGUAAUCUAUCUAAAUAAUCUAUAAAGUGGAGUUAUGUAUCAUUACAAUAACGAAUGAAUGAUAUGAAUUAAACUGAAAUAGGUCUACCCGCAUUAGCCUUCAUAUAUAUUUCCAAUUCUAUGACCUAUCGGUCUGAUAGUGGACUAACUUUUUCUACUUCAUUUUUCAGAUCUUCGGCUGUCUACACCUCAGCACUUAUGGCAACCAGAGGCAGCGUGAAACCCUUCGUGAACUUCAACGCAAAGCAAGAUGCAGAACUUUUGCGCAAGGCCAUGAAAGGGAUCGGCACUGAUGAAGAUACCGUCCUCAUGUUGCUAACAUCUCGCUCUAAUGACCAGAGACAGGAAAUAAAAGCAGCCUAUAAAAAGGCCUUUGGCAAGGAUUUAGAGAAAGACUUGCGAUCGGAGCUUGGCGGAAAGCUAGAGGAUCUCAUUGUGGCUCUUAUGUCUCCACCCACGAUAUAUGAUGCUAAUGAACUCCAUAAGGCCAUCAAGGGUGCAGGUACGGAGGAUAAAGUUUUGAUUGAGAUACUGGCUUCCAGGACAUGUGAUGAGAUAAAAAAUAUCAUCAAGGCUUACAAGAAAGAGCACGGAGGCAAGCUGGAAAAGGACAUCAUGGGUGAUACAUCUGGACAUUACCAGAGGAUGCUGGUUAUCAUCCUGCAGGCAAAAAGGGAGGAGGGAGUAGAUGAGAGCAGAGUGGAGAAAGAUGCCAAGGAGCUGUUUGCUGCCGGAGAACAGAAAGUAGGCACGGACGAGGAGAAGUUCAUCAACAUACUCGGCAACAGGAGCGCAGAACACCUGAGAAAAGUGUUUGAUGCCUACAAAAAGAUUGCCGGCUGUGACAUUGAAGAGAGCAUAACAGAUGAGUGUACCGGGAACCUUGAAGCACUGCUGCUUGCUCGGGUGAAGUGUGCAAAAAGUAUGCCUGGUUAUUUUGCCGAAUCCCUUCGAGACUCCAUGAGGCGUGCUGGCACUGACGACGAGACGCUCAUAAGACUCAUGGUGUCUAGAAGCGAACAGGAUAUGCUGGACAUCAGAGCGGCAUACAAGAAGAAAUAUGGCGAAUCACUUUACUGCACCAUACAGGAAGACACUGAUGGAGAUUACCAGAAGGCCCUGCUCUACCUGUGUGGUGGCAAUGAUUAGAUACAGUAUAGUCUUUUUUCUUUUUGCAAAAAUUAAUUUGUCUUUCUUGUCUAAUUGUUAUGUAAAUUCUUGUCAUGUUUCUUAACUUAUACACAUUCACAUUUUCUUGGUUUAGUAUUUUGCAUUUAUGUACCUGUGUUAUUUUUUCUGCUUUGUGGUUUUUCUCUGUUUGAGAACUGAAGGUUACGUUGAGGCAUGAAUUGGUGCUGAAUUUGUUUCUUUUAAAGUGUUGUUUCUAUAC